AGCUCUUAAUCUCCGGAAUCUCCCCUUUUUGGAUCGUCAUCAGUGCCAGCGUCGGCUGUGCGCGCCCUCCUCUCUCCUCCUCUCCUCAUGUCCCCUCCGAUUUCUAGGGUCAGGGUUAGGGUUUUGCGUAGCUUCCGUGCCCUCCAAUCCAUCGCCGUGUUGCCAUCUCCAAAUCAGGUCUGGGAAUAGGAUAUAUCUCGAUAUAAGUGGAUUAUUGAGCUCGUUUCAGCUGUGAAGGGCUCGGCCUGGGGGAGGGGGUGGCUCCUGGUGGGAAAGCAUGUCGAUGCAUGAAAGAAAGACUAUAGAUUUGGAGCAGGGAUGGGAUUUCAUGCAGAAGGGUAUAACAAAGUUGAAGAACAUCUUAGAAGGGAUUCCCGAGACGCAAUUCAGCUCGGAGGACUAUAUGAUGCUCUAUACAACCAUCUAUAACAUGUGCACUCAGAAACCUCCGCAUGACUAUUCGCAGCAGCUUUAUGACAAAUACCGGGAGUCAUUCGAAGAGUAUAUCAAUGUGACGGUAUUGCCAUCUUUGAGAGAGAAACAUGAUGAAUUUAUGCUGAGGGAACUUGUGAAAAGAUGGUCAAAUCACAAAGUUAUGGUCAGAUGGCUUUCACGUUUUUUCCAUUAUCUAGAUCGCUAUUUCAUUGCUCGAAGGUCGCUUCCUGCACUUAAUGAAGUUGGGCUUACUUGCUUUCGCAAUCUGGUCUAUAAUGAGAUUAAUGGUAAAGUGAGAGAUGCAGUGAUCUCUUUGAUUGAUCAAGAGCGUGAGGGGGAGCAGAUUGACAGAGCCUUGUUGAAGAAUGUCUUGGACAUUUUUGUUGAAAUUGGGUUAGGGAGUAUGGAGUGUUAUGAAAAUGACUUCGAAGCAGCCAUGCUUAAGGACACUGCUGCAUAUUACUCUCGGAAGGCUUCAAACUGGAUUUUGGAGGAUUCAUGUCCAGAUUACAUGCUAAAGGCUGAGGAAUGCUUGAAACGGGAGAAAGAUAGAGUUUCUCAUUACUUGCAUUCAAGCAGUGAGCAGAAGUUGUUGGAGAAAGUCCAACAUGAGCUACUCUUUGUAUAUGCAAGCCAACUUCUUGAAAAGGAGCACUCUGGAUGCCAUGCCUUGCUUCGGGAUGACAAGGUGGAUGAUCUAUCAAGGAUGUAUAGGCUGUUCUGCAGAAUUCCUCGUGGCCUGGACCCUGUUUCUCAGAUUUUUAAACAGCAUGUUACUUCUGAAGGCACAGCCUUGGUCAAACAAGCGGAAGAUGCUGCAAGUAAUAAGAAGGCGGAGAAAAGAGAUGUGGUUGGUUUGCAAGAGCAGGUUUUUGUCAGAAAAGUUAUUGAGCUGCAUGAUAAGUACUUGGCAUAUGUGAAUGACUGCUUCCAGAACCACUCCCUUUUUCAUAAGGCAUUAAAAGAAGCCUUUGAGGUUUUCUGUAACAAGGGUGUUGCGGGAAGCUCAAGUGCUGAACUUCUGGCAACUUUUUGUGACAAUAUUCUUAAAAAGGGUGGAAGUGAGAAACUGAGUGAUGAAGCUAUAGAGGAGACACUUGAGAAGGUUGUGAAGUUACUUGCAUAUAUUAGUGACAAAGACCUUUUUGCUGAAUUUUAUAGGAAAAAACUUGCUCGAAGGCUGCUAUUUGACAAAAGUGCUAAUGAUGAUCAUGAGAGGAGUAUCUUAACAAAGCUGAAGCAGCAAUGUGGUGGGCAGUUCACAUCAAAAAUGGAGGGAAUGGUUACUGAUUUAACACUUGCAAGAGAAAACCAAUCAGGCUUUGAGGAGUAUCUUAACGGUAAUCCUCAGGCGAAUCCUGGAAUUGACUUAACGGUUACCGUUUUAACUACUGGAUUCUGGCCAAGUUACAAAUCCUUUGAUCUCAAUCUUCCUGCUGAGAUGGUUAAAUGUGUAGAGGUUUUCAAAGAAUUUUAUCAGACAAAAACCAAACAUCGGAAGCUUACAUGGAUAUAUUCGUUGGGUACCUGCAAUAUUGUUGGAAAGUUUGAACCUAAAACCAUGGAGCUGAUUGUGACCACUUACCAGGCCUCAGCAUUGCUGCUUUUUAAUGCUUCUGAUAGACUGAGUUAUUCUGAGAUCAUGUCACAAUUGAACUUGACGGAUGAUGAUGUAAUCAGAUUGCUUCAUUCACUCUCCUGUGCAAAAUACAAAAUUCUUAACAAAGAGCCAAAUACAAAAACUAUUUCUUCAACUGACCAUUUCGAGUUUAAUUGCAAGUUCACUGAUAAAAUGAGAAGGAUCAAGAUACCUCUCCCACCAGUGGAUGAGAAGAAGAAGGUAAUUGAAGAUGUUGACAAAGACAGAAGAUAUGCAAUUGAUGCCUCAAUAGUUCGCAUAAUGAAGAGUCGCAAAGUAUUGGGUCAUCAGCAGUUAGUUUUGGAAUGUGUUGAGCAGCUUAAUCGUAUGUUUAAGCCUGACUUCAAGGCAAUAAAGAAAAGAAUAGAAGAUCUGAUCACUAGAGACUAUCUGGAGAGAGACAAGGACAACCCCAACUUGUUCAGAUACUUAGCCUGAGUGAAUUUCUGCUGUUGAUAGAAGGAAGUCUUCUCGUCUGCCUUUUUGUCAGGGUAGCUGCCAACAUUAGUGCAAAAGCAUGUCAUUAUUCUGUUGGAAACUCAAAUUAUAAAAUGCUGCCAAAGGGUUUUUUGCUGCAAGGUUGGGUAUAAUUCUUAGCUCUGUGAGCCUUCGUACUUGUACAUUUACCUUGAAGCCAGAUUACUGCCUAGGAUCUUACAGUGGCAAGUGAAGCUUCCAGCAAUCCGAAAUAUUCAAAUGCAGUUUUCGUGCUGCUGCAUCUUGAUAUAUUGUAGGCGUGUUUCUUCUCAAAUCUUCUUCUAUAUUCUAGUUUGUUCUUAUAAUAUAUUGCAUCCUAUUUUGGUAUUUUAUUUGUUUCCUGUGCCUGUCUCAAGUGACUAUUGACAAGGUAUAUAAGACUGCUUACAUGGGUUUUUUUACUGUUCUUUUAUUCAAAAUUGCAUUGUUUUGGUACUG